ACGUGGGACUGGACACUGGAGCUCCACGUGAAUAGCUACGAAAAUGGCGGCGCUUCAAGAGCCAGAGAUUCGGUUAGCACAAAAGUUAGCGUCAAACGAGCAGCCUAUCCGAACAAAAGCGUUAAAAAGGUUGACGAAGUAUAUCAACGUCAGAUCACAGAAAACGACAGAUGGCUUUACGAGUGAAGAACUGCUCAAGCUAUGGAAAGGUCUAUUCUACUGCCUGUGGAUGCAGGACAAACCACUUUUACAGGAGGAUCUUUCUGACUCUAUUUCCGCACUGAUGCACAGCUUUCACGAUAUUAAUGGACAACUACUAUAUCUGGAUAGCUGCCUGAAGACCUUCAAAAGAGAGUGGACUGGUAUCGACAGACUGCGAAUGGACAAGUUUUUCCAGCUAGUCCGCUUCAUGUUCAGGAAAAGCUUUGAGAUGCUGAAGAGAAAAAACUGGGAGAGCAGUGCGGUUGCAAGAUUUCUGGAAGUCUUUGCGACACAGCUCCUGAACAGUGGCAAUGAUGCACCCGCUGGUCUGCAGUUCCAUAUCUUGGACCUCUACUUGACUGAGCUAGGAGCUGUGGGUGCUUCAGAGCUCACAGCUGACCAGAACCUGAUAUUUGUACAGCCAUUCUGCAAAACGGCAGCCAAAACCAAGGAUUGGACACUUUUUCGAGCCAUCUACAGCAGCAUCUUCAGCGCGAUUAUUGACCAGGCUCCCGAUGCCAUUGAAGAUUUGAUGAAGGAGCUGAAAGCCGCAGAGUCCUUUGAAGGGGAUGAGAAGAACCUCGUUAGGCAGAUUAAUGGUAGUAAAUCGUACUUGGAUGAUCAUGAUCUUAAGUCAGGAGACAACACAUCAGUUCUACAGUUUAACUAUGCAGCUCUCGCUGACGAGCUGUUCGAGAUGUCUAGUCGAAGGAGCACACCCAGCCAUAAUAGACGGAAACUCUACAAAAUCAUCAAAGUGUUCCGCAACCUCAGCAAAGGCAUCUUUCCUCACGUUCGAUGUCCCAAGGAAGUGUCUACAGAUGAGGAUGAUGAAAUCUUUGGCAGCAGAAAGAGAAUGAAGGAUGGAAGGUUUAAAGAGCAAGCAGCUAAGAAUCGAAAGAAAAAACUUAAACUCAAGCAUCGUGGUGACCCUGGUAAAGAUGAUGUGAAGCCAACAGACCUGAUUGUCAAAGACAUCAAAAAGCCAAAGAAAACUAAAAAAAGGGCACGUCGUGGUGAAUGCUUAAGUGGUGAUUUAAAUGCCAGCACAUCUUAUGUGGAGCACACUGAAGUUCCAAAUCAAAGCAAGAUUCUGCUGAAUGGUUCUGCAGAUAAGGCAGGGACAUCUGUUUCUGUCUCAGAUAAAGCCUCCAAACGCAAUUCUUGCAUAACCAACAAUGCCAAAUCAAAAAAGAAAAAAAAGAGGGCACCAUCACAGCUUAAACAAGAAGUAAGCAAGAAUAACACUGCCCAGGAGGUUGACACAACUGCAGUGAUGGCUGACUACGAGGGCACCUCAAAACUCACUAAGUUUGAAUCUCAAGUUGACAGGAGGGAAGCUUCAGCUCUCUGUGAGAUCACAUUGAAUGAACCUGAACUUCAGACCUUAAACAACGCCAAGACAAAGGCUCAAAAAGUGAAAGCCUCUGUGACGUGGUCACAGCAAAAAAUGUUAGAUUCUCCGUCAGUGUCUUGUCAUACUUCUGAUGAUGUUGGCACAUCCCCAGGACUUAAGAAUGCUACAGCCUUGACUAAUAAGAGUAAGAGGAAAAAAAAUAAAGGAGAUAAAGUAACUAUUCCAAGUCAAAGUGCUAGCAAUGAAAGUGAAUCUGCAUCUGACCUUCCCAUGGAAACUCCGCAGAAGAAGAAAAAUAAGCGAAGCUCAGUACAGGUCAAAAAGGUUGGCAGCAUCGAAAAGGAGCCUAAGGUGUUCUCUUCCUCAGAGAAGCUGAAGAAGAAGAAAAGAAAGAUACCUGUAGAGUUUGAGUUUGAGGCUGUUGAACUUGAGUCUGCCACACCAACCAAUAACAGUACACCCAGCGCAGCAGGUGGCAAGAUAAAAGAAAUGUAUGGUUCAUCUAUACCAAAAGCCAAGCCGAAGUUGAUGAAGACAUUGUCAUGUGACUUGGUCACAUUUCAGACAAAUGCCAAAGUUCCAACACCACUCUUCUUCAGGGCUGCAGGAAGCUGCAAAACUACACUCUUUGGCAACGAGAUGGGUCAAACUCCCAUGUCAGACUCCAAGAAGGUGACCUUCCAUCUAAAGAAUAAUAAAACAGCUGAGUUCAUGAAGAAUGAUCGCAGCCUGUUACUAAGCCCAGAGGGGUCCUCAAAAGUGCCCUUUGACCCAAAACAAAAACCCAAAUCUGGAGUCUUAAAGUCUUCUCCCAUCCCACUCUCCACCAACAUCAAGAAGACUCCCAAGGCUAGCAGGAAGAGGGUUUUGAGUACUCCAAAAAGCACGCCUAAAAGGCGGCCCAGUGCAGCUGACUUUUUUUGAAAUCCUACACUUAGAAUGGUGUAGAUACAAAGUAAACUGAUUUUGUCAACUUUUAAACUUGUCAUUCUGGGUGAUUUUAUCAUGACCCAUUUACAAAAUAUUGUACAGUAAUCUUCCCUGGAAUAUUUCCACACCAGACAAAUGUUAAGAUCUAACCAGAUUUUUUUUUCUCUCUCCAUUUUGUUCUGCAACAUCACAACUGGAGUCAAUCUUCUCACAUGGAUGUGCAAAUUAGGCAGGUAAAGAGCCAAUGCACUGUAAAUAUAGUAAGAGCAUAUAGGGUACACCACUGACAAAACAUUUUUAGAUUGUAAUUGGUCAACCUGAAAUGCACCAUUUGUUGGUUUGUUCUGGUCUGCUUUGAUUCUAUGUCAAUUCAGUUUCAAGUCCCCCAGGUUUUUUACUUUGUACUUUACAAAAAGAAUCCAUAUGAAACAAAAUGUUUGUGUUCGGUUGUACAGGAGCGGGAAUUUACUGAAGGUGGAUUUGAAAAUGAACUGUUAAUUCCUUCACAAAUUAAGCAGCAUGUUAAGGUUGCUGCAGUGAAAAGAUAAGCAAAUAAUCUUCAGUGAGGAAACUCAAGUUUGUCCAUGGGUUCCAGAUUUAAGUCAGUUAUUAACUAAUUAUGGUUUUAUUUACAAUUAUCACUUUCUUCAAAUACUAUGGAAAUGGCGUAAAGUACUAAAAUAAGAAAUUCUUAAAUUGUAAAUGCCAUAUUUUUUGCAAAAUUUAAAGUUGUAAGACUACACUCAAUGUACAUCUUGAUUGAUGUCAAAUCCAUUUUGGUGAUAAAAAUACAAACUGUUAUUGUUUUAAAUCUAAUUUAACAAAAGGGUACAUACCUUACAUGGGCGCAUGGCUCCAGCUAAGUACAGUAUGGAGUCCUCUAGAUCCAGAGGUGGUCAUUUUUAUUCUUACAUGACGCAUUCAGAAUUUCGACAAACAAAUGGUUGUAGCGGUCCAAAUUAAUUUGGUUUGUGUCAUUGUUCCCUGUACAACUGUAUUCUGCUCUUACAUAUGCAAGUUUGGCUCAUUGAAAUAAAAAA